UCUCAUUCCACAACAUCUCUUUCAUUAGAAACAUAGUAAGCCAAAAAGAAAAAAAUGUCUCUAGUGACAGAGGAGAUCAGAGCAAGUGCAACUGAAUUCUACACUGGAAAUGAUAUCUGCCAAGAGAAAUCAAAGUUGUUGCUGACUGAAGUAGGCCUACCAAAUGGCCUACUUCCUAUGCAAGACAUGUUAGAAUGUGGCUAUGUUAAGGACACUGGCUUUGUUUGGCUCAAAUCCAAGAAAAAAACAGAACACAAGUUUGAAAAAAUUGGUAAAUCAGUUCAAUAUGCAACUGAAGUUACUGCCUAUGUUGAGCCCAAUAAGAUCAAGAAACUUACUGGGGUUAAAGCUAAAGAGCUUCUUAUGUGGUUAACACUAAAUGAAAUAUGUGUUGAUGAGCCAUCCACUGGUAAAAUCCAUUUCAAGACUCCAACUGGGCUUUCUAGGACUUUUCCUGUUGCAGCCUUUGAACUUAAUGAGCCCAAAAAGGAAGUCAAAGAAGAAGUCAAAGAAGUGAGUAAUGUGGUUGCUGCUGCUGUGGAAGUGAAAGAGGUGUAAGAGAAAAAAAAACAAUAUAAUUUGUUUGCCUUAGUAUUAACUAUAAUCUAAUAUUUGCUUAUUUUAUUAAACUUUGAUUAAAAAGUUGUUGUACUACUACUACUUUUGUUGAGGAUGGUGAUUAUCUAAUCCAUCUUAUUGUACCCAUCAUCAAGUGGCUAAUUAUGUCAUCUUUUAUUUGAAUUUAGUGACAUUAUUAUUAUUAUUAUUAA